CAAACAUCAGACGAAUCUCUCCUCCUUUCACCUCACAGAAACCGUAAAAAUCUCUCUCUCUCUCUCUCUCUCUCUCUAGCUUUUCUGCGAUACCCAUAGCAUUUGGCUUCUUUCCCUUUUGACCCUUUGCCCUGUGAUAGUUUCUGGAGCACCAAUCCCAAUCCCAACUGAAACGGAUUCCAUUUCCAUCGAUUCGAUUCGCCCGCAAUUUGCCUCCCAAUUUCGUGCCUUUCGGAUUCCUCCUUUCUUGAUUGUGGCUGUUGGGGCUUUAGAUGGCUGAUGCGAUUAUUCGGCUGCCUCUAGCCUUCCACGCACUUCGCUGCUCGUCUCAGUCACUGCCCGCCGCACCUUUCUUGGCCUCCUCCAUCAGCUCUCUCUCUAAUUCUUCCUCCUCCUCUUCUUCUUGUUUGUCGGUCGCGGGCGUUGCCGGUCUUGCUUUCAGACCCAGGAAGAGAUUGGCCGCUCUCAAGGCACAAGCUGCUGUUGCUGAAGCCGACCAGCCAAAAUGGUGGGAGAAGAAUUGCGGGCCCAAUAUGAUCGAUAUCCACUCUACACAGGAGUUCUUGAGUGCUCUAGGUCAAGCUGGCGAUAGAUUAGUAAUUGUGGAGUUUUAUGGGACUUGGUGUGCUUCUUGCAGGGCACUAUUUCCUAAGCUCUGCAGGACAGCUCAGGAACACCCUGAGAUCCUGUUCCUGAAAGUCAAUUUCGAUGAAAAUAAGCCGAUGUGCAAGAAUCUGAAUGUAAAGGUGCUUCCUUACUUCCACUUUUAUCGUGGGGCCGAUGGACAGCUUGAAUCCUUUUCAUGCUCCCUCGCUAAGUUUCAGAAAAUAAAAGAUGGGAUUCAACAACACAGCACAGCGCGUUGCAGCAUCGGGCCGCCUAGAGGAGUCGGUGACCUUAAUCUCGAACCCGCUGCCUCUGGCUUGAUGGACAAGGCAACAGGAUCUUCUGCUGCCGCAUCCUCCUGAGGCCUUUCUGGCUAUCAAGUUGCUGGAUUAUAACGUAUUCUGUAUAUUUGGAUUGGUCACUCGUUUGAUUUUCAGGAAUAGCAAUGGAAUUCCAUUCUUUGUAAUCUCUCAUUCUCGCCCUAGCUACAGUGUAUAUUUAUCAUCUCAACGGUUGAACUCCGAGUUAUUGUCCUAUGUGUAUAAGCGAGUCGAGCUACUUGUACCUUAGAACGGAAGUAACUGAAUCAGUUUCAUCCAACAGUUGCUUAAUGACUUGUAGCA